AUGUCAGAAGAAAAUUUUACAUUUCCUUGCGAUUCUAUUACAUUUACACCCCCUUUUCCACCACGUAUCGAUAUCUUGGAAAUUGUCCAAAAAAGGCUCGAAAAAAAUCCUGAAAAAAUUGGUUCAAAAGGUCCAAACUGCUGGCUUAUAUAUCGUGCAUAUUAUGUUUUCGAGUACAAUAAACUGACAAAUUCUAAAAAGUUGAGCAUGACUGAAUUAUCUCCACAUAUCGCCAAAGCCUGGAGCAAUGAAAGCGAUAAAGUAAAAAAAGAAUAUCAAAAUAUUGCCGCCAAAGUUGAGGAAGAACUGAUCAGGCAAAGGAAAGAAAAUCUUGUUUAUACUUCCCCUAAAAAGAGAUAUCCCUCUCCAACUAUAAAACCUGCGCUUACUACCGAUUCAGAAAUGCAAACAGCUUAUUCUGAACAAUCAAUACCAAAAAAGUUGGACAUUAUGAACUCUGAAAUUUCCAGCUGGACUUUGAACCAUCCCUAUUACGCAUCAGAAUCGCCCGACAACAAAAAUAAUAUAUUUGUUUCAGAACAUACAAUGACUACCGAUGCAAAUUUUCCUUUUCAUUCUGAUCCGACACCUCCCUAUCAUUAUCAACCCGUUACCAACAACUUAUUCUUUAUUCCUCAGUAUGAUAACUAUGGAUUUAACGUUAACCCGCUAUCAACACCAUCAAUAUUAUUACCUGCUGAGCCACCUUUAUAUUCAUCUUUUAAUCCUAUCCAAACAAUUUAUUGCGUAGAUGGUUUAUAUGAAGAUAACUAUGCGUUCUAUGACCCUUAUUCUCUUGGUUUUCCAGGAUAA